UCACGUGACAAAGCUGCAACAACCCUCGUCCGGAUACGCAGAUUUCAUAGCGUGUUUGUGUGUGUGUGCGUGCGUGUAUACGCCCUCCCUUCGUGCAUCGGUCGGCGCCAGGCGUCGGAGUUUGAAGGACGUCGACGAAGCGCGAGGCGCGUCUCUCGUUUGCGGAAGGCAUCGUCUUACGCCGGGAGGCGUUCACAACCAUACCGGGGGCCACAAUGACGGCUCGCAUCGUGGAUGGCGUGCUGCAAUCGCCGUUCACGCUCGGCGACUUCGAGGACAUCUCUGUGCCCCAGCUGAUACGUAACCGCCUGCAGCGGUAUGCGGACAAGGUGGUCGCUAUCGACGUGGACACGCAUCUGACAGGUGCCGAGUUCCUUCACCGCAUACGCCGCUGUGCGGCUGGGUUUUCCCGAGAGGGCCUGAAGAGGGGCGCUCGGGUAUGCUGCCAGCUCGGAAACACUCUUGACGGCAUCGUUGCCGCCAUGGGCGUCGUAUUCGCCGGUGGUACGCUGGUCAUGGCCAAGACAACCUUCGUAGAGAGAGAACUGCGGUACCAAAUAGAAGACAGUAGCUGUGAGUGGAUUCUAACGGACCAGAGUAAUUCAUCCAAAGCCUUGCAAGUCAUGGAGAAGAUUCCAUUGAAGGCGUAUGCCGUAGGAGAUGUCUCCGGCUUCGUGAAUGUCCUCCGGUUUCAGACUAUCGGUGAGGAAUCGUGGCAAGGCGAAGACGAGCCCUACGACACGGCCGAAGACGUCGUUGUGAUUCUCUACACAUCCGGCACCACGGGCUUGCCGAAAGGCGUGGAAGUCUCGCACAAGACUUACGUUUACGUAUUUCUUUCAUUCAGCAAGUUCGAGUUCAUUACGGAAGACGACGUUUACCUCGCUUGGAAUCCGCUAACUCACGUGUCUGGCUUCGCACUGAACGUCUUCGCUCCGUGUUUGGGGGCUACGGCGAUCCUGCGGGAGCCUUCCUUACCGCUAGAUAGAUUUUUGGAUGUCGUUCGAACAUACGGGGUCACAACGAUGGUGGGCGUGCCAGUGAAGAUGCAGAUGUUUAUCAACGAGGCAAAGAGCUCGGGGCGAAAGCUGCCGCACGUAGAUAAAAUUGUCUUUGGCGGGAGCACCGUGUCCAGCAGCAUGGCGCGCGAUAUCUGCGACAUGAUGACGCCGUCUACGUUGGCCAACCUCUACGGGAUGACCGAGACGUUCGGCCUGGUCAGCGCUACCAAGGUGGGCGAAUUCAUCGUAGACAACAUGGGACUCCCUUGCGCUGGGUGUGAAGUGAAGGUGGUCGACGUGAACAGCGGAAAGCUUUUGGAGCCGUUCGAGCAGGGGGAACUCUGCGUGAGGGGUCCCAACGUCAUGAAGGGCUAUCACCGCCGUCCCGAAGCCACGGCGGAAGUGCUUGACUGCGACGGAUGGCUGCGGACAGGGGAUCUUGGUUACUACGAUCGCGAGGGCCACCUGUACAUCGUGGAUCGGUUGAAGCAGCUGAUCAAGUGCAUGGACAGCCAAUUGGCCCCCAGCGAGCUCGAGGAGAUUCUGCUUACUCACGACGCUGUCGCCGAGGUGGCCGUGGUUGGAGUGCCGAGUGCCAAAUACGGCGAGGCGCCUGCUGCUUGCGUCGUGCUGAACGCCUCCUACGCAGAGCCGCACGACGUGAUCGAAGAGGAGUUGAAGAAGCUCGUGGCUGGGCAAACGGCCGUUUACAAGUACCUGUACGGCGGAGUGAUCUUCCUGGAGUCCCUGCCGAAGGCAGAGAACGGAAAAGUACUGAAGAAGGAGUUACUUGCUAAGUUUGCCAAUAAGCCAAUUGUUUGAAACAUGUACUUGGACGCACUUUGUAUAUAUUGCCUACGCCGGAGCUCGCUGUGCCAUCCACUGCGUUUGUAUUGUACAGUGCUGUUUUUCAGUGCCAAAAUAUCUUUUAUUAAAACUAUAACGAAUACUUCUUAGA